UCUAUAAAUCUUAGGUCAACGGAAGAAAUCGACCCCUGCGCAAAGUGGUAAAUACGGGUUGUUAAAUAGCGGAGUGGCACGACGCCGGCGUCGCGACGUCUCGUCGACGAGACGAAGAGGAGGAACGACGUCGGUUCAACGCCUACGAAAAAGAAAGGGACGGCGAUCGACCAACGACGCCACCGCGAAACUACCACCAUUCUAAAAUACCGUGACGACGACGCAGUUGGACGCAGUCAGAACUCCAAGUCGCUUGAUAAGUCAGUCGGUAGUUGGUGGUGGCUGCGGCCUGCGGUAGUUCUGGAUUCCGGUCUCUGAUUUCCGAUCCCGAUCCCUCGGAAGAAAACAUCCCCCAUCAUCUGAGAGGAACCGGAGCCGAAGACGCGGCUGUUUUCGGUUUUCGUUAUGUAACAGGAUCCCUUCUCCAGGGAAUUCACCCUGAUAUCAUGGAGGAGAAGCCUCCACCCCUAGAGGAGUAACAUUCGAGUGUUUAUAAAGACAUAAUCGAGGAGGUGAGAUGAGCAGCAGCAGCGGUGGCGGAGGAUUCGGCGUCGGCGUCGGAGUCGCGGGAGGUCCGGGCCUCGCCGCCGCUCAGCAGGGUCAGGGUGUCGCGGCGCUUUUAGUCAUGCUGGCCGUCCUCUGCUUCAUAUUUGCCUACUGUUGUUGGGGCGCUCCGUUCUGCAGGUCUUUGUGCAGAAAGCACUGCUGUUGUCGCCUCGAGGAUCCGGAACCGGAUCCACGGUUUGGUAGCACGGAUCAAGCGAUGGUCGCAACGCCGACGAUCAUCCUCCUUCCACACGGAAGAAUGCUGGUCGUUGACGGGACUGUUUUUACGCAGUUUCAAGCCGAUACCACAGGUUUGGAUCUCGUCGAGCUCGGGGAGAGCGUUAUUCGAGCUCAACGAAAUCCCAGGAGUUUGAACCGGCACCAACUCAGGAGCAGUCAGGGUAGCAUAAUGGAGAUGGACGCUGAAACACCCAGCAAGGAGAGCCUCGGUUCUUUGGGAGGCUGUUUCGCUCCGCCUACCUACGAGAGUAUUUACGGAAAGGACGAAGGAGACAUGCCGCCAUCCUACUCGGACAUACUCUUGCAUAGGUUCGGGAACCUCCCCUACGAGUUAGACGUGCAAGAGUUUGCUCAGGACGGGAAAGAAGAGAUCGAAAUGCAGACGCUGGAAACGCGGCCGCGAGUGAUUGAGAACCCAGCGAACGUGCAGGGGAAUAAUUUUUAUUACGCUGGUAUUGGCAGUUUUUCCACGCCGAAUUUCCCCCAGCAAAAUGUCACUAGGAAUCCAACUUUGACAGAUAAUCCACUGGACGAGUAUUACGCCGACGUUAAUUUGAAUGCCUAUACAAUAUCCACUGGCAUGAUCGGAUCUCACGAUUACGACCGCGAGGCCGGAGAAAAUUACGUACUUCGUAACGAAAGUAGCAACGAAAGUUUUCAUAAUAUUGUGCACAACGAAACUGAGAUACUAAGUGCAGAUCAUCAGUUAGGCGUUAGCAGCUUAAGUUACGUUAACGAAAACUUGAGCAACAACUCUGCCGGAGCCGGGGAAUCAUUGAGGAAUCGUUACUCUUCGCCGAGUAGAGAUACGAGAUAUGAUCAUAGAUCGGUCCUUUCGGAACCAGGUUCAUCCGACGAGGGUGAGCCUGCAGGAGACUUUGGUACACUACCUGACAUUCGAGAGAGCAGAGUGUGAACAAACAAGAAA